CCAAAAGUCGUGCUGGGUUGUCGACCAAACGUGACUCGUACUUUGUUACAACCCAUGGGGGAAGGUUUCUCUUUCUGCCUCUGCUCCUGUCGCUCUACGCUAUCCGAAGUGCAUACAAUUCCUUUCUUCCGCAGGCUGUUAUUCACGUUUGACCCACAUUACAUUCAUCUAACCCCCCCCCCGAUUACCAACUACACAUCAUUUCCUACUUAUUUUUUUGUCGUCGCACAAACGAGAAAUUAGAUAUUUUUUCCCCCCAUUUUCCACAAGAUAGCGCUACUGCUCUACGAUCUAUCACUGUUGCGCAGCUAUGUUGUUCCUCGAAGUUGGUGCGUGAAAGAUAAAUGUCCCCCUCGACAACCAAGACGCAUUUCGGCAAUGCUACCCCCGCUGCAAGGAGGACAUGCCCAUCAGAGAGGGCUUAGAGGCUGCGGCACGGACUGAGCAAGGAGCGGAUAAGUAUUUCUAUCGGGAACGACACCCAAGAGAAGUACUAGUCAAGCAACAGCUUCUUCGGAGAACCAUGAACAACAUGUCGUCCACAACCUCAUCCUCAUCCUCUUUCCGCGGGUUGUCGGCCCACUCGGUCUUCCUGCUCCUGCUCGCGGCGGCUCUCUACUCCGACACAAGCAGUACUCGCAGUCUGCAGCCUCUUCAUCUGUGGUUCAUCCCGCCGUUGUGGUCCACCUCCACCUUCGCUGCGGCCGCACGAACGCUCCUCGACAGUAAAACCGCUGCGCAGCAGGGCGCAGCGCGCAAUAGAGAGGGAACACGAAAAAUAGGAUCUUCAAGAACUUCGAGUAGGGCGGGCAAGAAGAUCCGCACCGGGAGCACAAGUACUUCUAGGGCUCGAGGACGCCAAGAGGAAGCCCGGGAACGACAAGAGAGUGGUCGAGUGUUGUCCGCAACUACUGCUUCGUGUUUUGACGCGAACGUCAACGAAGCUCCCGGUUUCGCGCAAUGCAGCUCUCGGGGCUUUGUUCCGAUUCCGGACGUACCGAUAGAGGUGAUUACCUGUGCAGGCGGGGUUUUCGGAAAGGAUCUGAACAAGUUGAGCUCCCUGUAUCACCCAAAGGUGAAUGCUUGUCCCUACACGAGCAGCGUGGACCGGAACUGGAACGUGCACAUCCUGCAAAGAGGAUGGAACUCGGACAAGAAACAAACCUAUAAUCCGUACGACUGGUCCGACAGAACACAGUGGAACGCCGAUGAGUUUGUAGACGCCAAGUGUUUCGGAACGGGCGCCGACUACCAGAUCGCUACCGACGGUCCUGAACACGAAACUUACGUCUGCUACGAGGGCAGUGCGGACGUAGCCAACGCGUGGCAUUAUCCCGCCUACUGGUCCAACCCGACACCUUUUGCGAAUACUCACCUCGUCCGAGCAGCAAUAACGCAGCAAGAACAACUCGGCAACCUGAACCGCGGCAUCUACCUCCAGGUCAGCGCCGACCCGCACGACGACACAAAGUUCAACGCGCAGUGGUUUUUCGACGGAACUUGCCCGGGAAAUCCUAACAAUAGAUGCUACGAACUACCGGUCAUGGACAGUACAGAGGAGGUAGUUGUAGGAGCCGAAACUCCGACGCCGAUAGGACUGCAGAGCGGAACAUCAUCAAACGGCGACACUGGCGAGGGGAACAGCAUUGACCCUGAACAAACGACCAAUGGCGACGAGGAUGCACCUCCUGCUGAGGGCACGCAAACUUCUACCGAGUCGUUGUCGACGUCGACGACAUCCACCACGACGCCCGCGGCCAUGGAACCGCCAAAGUUUGGAGGCAACUCUGAGGCUCAGAAGGAGGAACAAGACCAAGACGGUCUUGUUGAAAACAAGCUGGAUAGUUCCAGCGAAGUAGGACAAGGGCAAGGCCCUGUGGCGUAUAAGGAAAAAGAGCAAUCACCUGGGUGCUGCGACACCGGCGCGGGCACCGUGGCGAAGGGGGAAGUGUCGAGCUCGUUUGUGGAACAGAAUAUUAAACAUCAGACCACUAUCAGCGAGGCGCUGGAGAUCAUGGACAAGCAAAAGCAUCUUGAAGGAAAAACACGAAGAACAACAGCCUCGUGCGGAAACUGCCAGGCGGGCACGAAGUGCACCGGCAAAAAACCGAUUUCUGGCUUUGUGGAUUUAGAAGUAUCUUGUGCGGGUGGUUUGUUGGGGAAGUUUAGAAGCCGGGUCGCCGACCCAACUUUGCAAGAAGGCGGUGAAGCAGGAACAAAUGCAGUCCACGUGAUCCGGGCAGACAAGCAAGCCGAGCUGGCAGAUGACCCGAAAAACGCCGACAGGACGGUGGACUCCUUCUGCUUCGGCCUGCAGCCCCCCGCGGAUAGCUACGCAAUUCGGAAUCCGAGCGGAGAGGAGUACGUGUGCCGUAGGGCUGAUAUGUCAUGGGAUCCUGACUUUCAACUUUUGCCUGGAGCCGUCCAGGUGGAAAACGGUAUUGCUGAGCCUUACUACAUCCAGAUCGAAGCCGCGGCGGAAGACUACACAAAAUUCAAUAUUGAAAGGAAAAAGUCACCCUCCCCAUAUCGAAAAGGCAUAUUUCCGAAAAUUUGUGCUGCUGAUUUGAGGCCACAAAUCACAUUUGUCUUGCAAGGAGACAAGGGCAGAAGCUUCGCCCCCAUUGUGGAAGCGAUUUGUCGUGCUGUUGGGCCUACAGAUGAUGAGCUUAAGUGAGCAACUUUCCAUGCUGAACAACUAGACCGAUACACCCCUCCCUAGCCUGGGGAAGUGGCCGCAAUGCCUUCCUGCAAUACAAAGCUGAUUUGUGUACACAAAUCCAGCAACAGAAAUUUCCGUUUCAAUAUGGGGAGGGGGGAUUUUCCCUUUCGAUAUUCAAAGUGACCUGGUUCCAAGGGGACGAGGAGGAGACCGUCUCCUCCUCCCAGGAGGAAGUAUCCUGUGCAAAAGCAUCGUAUUCGUAUUGCAGUCAUGCAUUACAAAUCUUUACCUUAAGGUAAAUCCGCAUUACAAAUUUUAUUUCUCAUGCUGAGAAAAUUUGUAAUGCAUUUAUACGAAAGCAUCGCAGCGAUGCUUUUGCACUUCAUAGGGAGAGAACGCCCCCGACGGCACGGACGGGGCCACCGCUGGCACGAACCAGACCUUGUUCAGUGCUGAACUACCGAACACAACUUCUAACACAAACGCUACAUCUACGCUGGGCCCCCCAACUUCUAGCAGUACCACUUCUAAACCCCCCGACGAGGACGUCGUGUACGAUGCGAAGGCUUCGGAGCCCGGGUGCUGUGGCGACACUAGCUCCGCGAUCGCCGCGCCGGGGGGAAGUAGCAGCAGUAGUAGUUCCUUCGCGCAGCAGGAGCAGCUGCAGCAGCUGCUGCUGCCGGAGGAACACGGCGCGGCCGAAGGACAUCUUGAAAGCGAGCAUAAUUGUUCUGGCAGAAGUUCAUCUCCACGAGCACGACGUAAACAUAUCAGAAGUACAAGUAGUAGCCGACGCAGUGGGAGGACGAGUCACGGAACGGCGCCUGCUCGAGGAGAAGAAGAAGAGGAGCAACAAGAAGAGGAUGCAAGAACCGCCGGAACAGGAACUACAUCGAGGACUAGCAGUACAAAAAGCACUAGCCGAAUUGCUUUUGCUAACGCUAAGAACACGACGAAGAAGGAUAUUUUCAUGGACACGACCAAGAUGAACAAUAAAAACAGUAGCUCCACGUCCACUUUUCUGGAGGCGGGACAUCAAGGAAAAAAACAUCGUCAUCAGCGGACCUCAAUAAUGAAGAACCUCAACAGGAAGAAUAAACUCGCGGGUGGACGACCCGGCGCCUGUUCGAAAGACUUCACGGAGAUAACCGAUGUGCCCACGCUGACCGCCAGAACGUGCACGCCGGCGAGAGCGGACAUCGUGGGGCUGCUGGGCAAGUUUGACCAGAAAAACAAGGAGCGGUCCGUCCACGUGUACCGCAACCAGCACGAAAUCCCCUCCGUUUCCGACAAGAAGGACGGGGCGAAAGAAGGGCGCCACCAGAUGUACUGCUUUGGUCCGUACAGUAACCUCAGGGAAUCAGCGGAACAUGAUUGUUUGGAGGAAGUAGGGGUCCGCCGGCCCCUAUUUGGGCAUUGGAUCGAAUGGAGUGAGGACAAAUGGCACGGGAGCUUUGACCACCCCCUCGUACUUGACGGCAUCCCGUCCACGACUGCCUUCGACACGUCGCAGCUCUAUGUCCAAAUCGAAGCGCUCCAAGACGGUCAGUUUCGGUGGAAGUGGUUUACGGCCUCCGGCGGGCCAUCUUCUUCUUCGUCCGAGCGGUCCUUGUUAGCAGGUGAGGAAGAACUGCCUCGCAGUGGACAGCGCGGCCCGUCGCCUUCUCGAACAGCGAGGCCAGAAGGUAGUACUAUGAACUGCAAAAGGAUCGUACUCGUAGUAUUGCAAUACUACAAAUUAGCUCAGCAUGACAAAUGGAAUUUAUCAUGCUGAUUUAGCUUGAAAAAGAAAUUUGUCUUGCAUGACUGCGACUAGUACGAGUACGAUACUUUUGCACAGGAUAAGUACUCCUUCAGAGCAACAAGAAGACCACUCACCGCUGCACGGCAGCAGCGGUGACGGUGAGCAAGAAGAUCUGCUAGAAAAGGAGCUGCGCGUAUCAACCGCAAAUAUGCCUGGAUGUUGUCUGGAAGAUUGCCAGGUUUGUCAUUGUCAUGCAUAUUUUGUAUGACCCAGAAGGUCUGGAAUGCGGGCUCUAGCAUCACAAGUUUUGAGAAGGCUACGCAAUGCUGAAUCCGCAUGAGAACUGCAACUGCCGCGGCCUUCUGGUAUUAACCAAAAGUGAGGACUUUAUUUGCUGGUCCUCACGCAAUACAGAUUUUUGUAUCGAUCAGAUUUAGCAUGACAAACUCGGACUCUUCGUCUUCCACAUCCAGAUUACAUAUUUGCAGUGCAUAGCGCACAUACCAGGAGAAGGCGGCUGCGCCUGAAUGUUGUGACCCCGGAUCAGCAAAAGAGGACUCGAACGCGGUGGCCAUGCUCCAAGAGAUCAUGGACCCCAACGAGCACGAAAGAGGUAUCCAAGAAAAAAACUGUGUAAGUGUAACUUUGUGUUGCAGACGAUGCAAGACACUGACACCUGUCAUGCUGGACAUUCAUCACAGGCUCUUUUCGUACGUAUUUUCACGUACUAGCUACGCAUGACAGGUUUUCUGUGUCAUGCAGAGCAAACUUGUGAUGCUACUUCCCCAAGAAAGUUACACGUACACAGUUUUUUUCCUGGAUAAGAGGACGAGGUCGUCCACUAAAAGACGGCGCGGAGGAGGUUGUAGUUCCGCAGCACAGAGAACAUCAAGUUCAUCUGACCUCUACCUUUCUCGAGGGCGGAAACCCGAAACAACCGUGCCCGGACGAAUUGACACCCAUCACAGACAUGGGUCCGGUCACGAAUGAAUUUUGCUCGAACCCGCCGGGUGCGUUGGAUAAACACCACGGCCUGCUGACCAAGCGGCGGCCGGACGACCGAAAGUGGGUGCACGUUCUGUACGAAGCUAAUACAGAAACCAGUCCCAGUUACGAUGAGAUUCGACACGAACCAUUCGGCCCGAAUGGGGGGCGAUUUGAGCAGUUCUGCUUCGGGCCAUACGAGAAAGACAUUCCCAGGUCCGCCGAGUUCGGAUGCCUGGCGAAAUGGGAGGAUAGCUUCUUAUCAUGAGGAAAAAUCCGCCCUCCCCAUAUUGAAAAGAAAAUUUGUGAUGCCGGAUUUCCGUCCACAAUAAAGAAGUAGCCCCAGAGACGCAUGUGCGGCCUCGUUUCUUGCAGGGAAUUUGUCAUGCUGUUUCCCGCCUCCAGUUGUGUUGCUUCCUCUCAUGCGCAAAGCGCAACGCUUUCCGAUGCCAGCCAGCGCUAAAGGCCACAUCUCUUCGCUUCUAGCAUGACAACGUGGUGAUCUUCGCAAAUCAUGCUACACAAAUCAGCGUUUCAAAAUACACAAAUCACGGGGGAGCCCUGCCCUUAUUUUCUCAAACACGCAAAUCAGCGUUUCAAUAUGGGGAGGGAGAAUUAUUUUUCGUUGUCAUAGGCCAGGGCGAAACUUGUGUCCUUGUUUUCGCCCGACGACGCCAAGGAUAUCCCCGUUGACGUUGACUGGGAAACCGGAAAUAUCGCAAGAAAAAACUGUUUCACUGUGAAUGAUGGUUUUGCAAGAUCUGCAUUACAAGUUUGCUACACAUGACACAGAAAAUUUGCCAUGCGCGUUUCCCAAGGGAAGACACGCUUACAAAUCCACUGGGUUGCAGGUGUAGCAAGACAAACACUUUGGUGUUUCGUUCUCUGCGUGACAAGUUUACAGGAGUGAAACAGUUUGUUCUUUGCAUAGGAAAGACAGUCCACGGCAUCAGCCUGGAGACCGACUUUAUGCAUUGCCAAAAUGUCUGGGUCUGGAUCUGGAAGGAUGCAACUUGUCAUGCUGAGUCUGGAUAGUACAGAAAUUUGUGUUGCAUGAUUACCAGAAGGCGUCCACUUUUGAACAAGUUUAGCGGCAGUUUGUCAUGCAGGAUGGACAUGUUGAUAGAGACUUCGCAGAACCUGUCAUGCUAGGUCCUGCAUUGCAGACCUCGUGGGGCAUGCAAAAUAUGCAUGACAAGUUUGCAUUUUUCCAGACCCAGACAUGUUUGCAUUUCAUAGCCUUUGACACUGCGCAACUGUACGUGCAAGUUACUGCGAAAGCUAUGGGACUCUCAAAUCAGUUACAUUCUCAACCGCUACGUGGUGAUUUGUCAUGCGAAAUUGCUAUUUUAAGCCACAAAGUCAAGCUACUUCGCAUGACAAAUUCUCGAUAAUCUUCUGUGCCAAAUUUGUAAUAAUGCGAGAGAUGCAAGCACAAGCUCUCCCCUACAACCCCUUUUACUUUUGCUGUUAGUAGUUCUCGCGUCACAAAUUCUAAUUCAUGUAACAGUUGAGAAUGUAACGGUUGAGAGUUCCAUAAAAGCCGACGGAAAUUUCGAGUGGCAAUGGUUUACCGCAGCGGGGCCGCCUAGUACUUCUGUGCAGCGGCCCCUCCCAAGUCGUCCAGCUUCAACAGAAGCCGCCUCCUCCGUAGAUGAAAAAGAGGGGUCGGGGGCCCCUGAUGACGGAGCAGGGGAACAACAGGGUGAACAAGAGGGGUCGGGGGCCCCUGAUGACGGAGCAGGGGAACAACUGGAUAACUCACUAAACGAAGCCACCACCUACGAGGAAAAGGACGCAACACCCGGUUGCUGUGGCGAAAGUGGUACAGUAGAUUCCGUGGCGGUGCUUAGUUCGGCGACGAAUUCCUUUCUCGAACGACAAGGUGGACAAAAAGAAGAAGAAGAAGAAGUACAACCGUCUCGCGAACAAGUAGCUGAGGAGAAGACGCAACAACUACCUCGUUCUGCUGCAAAUAACGAGGAGGCUGUCGAGAACAACAGGAAGAACGAGCGGACUCUUGAAGACGGGGCAGCUGCUGGUGUGCGGGCGACAAGGUCAAGUUUUUCUCUUGCCGGAGAGGAGGACCAAAGCUCGUCUGCUGUCCAAGAACUUCAUGUCGCAGUGUGACGGAAACUACUUAACUCGAUUGCAGAUGUUUUCAACGGAGGAUUGAGUUUUUUUUUUUGUUUGUUUUUUGUCAAAUGUAUUUACACGACAAUGAACUCAAUCGUAAACCAAUUGAAGAAUGGGAUACAUUGCGACGAGGAGGAAGCAAGCUUUCACUUUACGAAUCAAUCGUUUGCAUUCUAUUUUUUAGCAAGAUUUCUCAUACCUAUGUUUAGCAAAAUUAUCACAAGUUUAGACAUUUCCUUUCAAAUUUUCAUCAUUUUCACGAAUUCACGCACGCCAUGUGCUGUUUUAUUUUUAGAGUUAGCCGCGUCAAGUAGAACAUUUUUCCUGUAAAAUAAGAAUUUCACAUUUUGGAGGGUAGGUACUAGUGCUCAAGCUUAUCGAAUUGCGGUUGCUUUAAUGCGCCGGUACAGAACCAAAAGCAUUGUUGUACAUAAUAGUACCAUGCAUGAGAAAGUCCAAUCCGUAUAAACUGUACAAUUAGAAUUCGGUGGCGAUAACUCUGAACGACAUCGAUCAUGCCAUUGAGCGACAAGGCUGUUGUACUGAGCUCGAGCAGUUGUAAGAGCCGGACGACCGGCCGAGAAGGUGGGAG